AACGUAACUUUCACGAGACGGUACGUGACCCAAGAUGGCGCCCCCCCUACUUCUAACAACAAACUUUGCUCCUCGGACAGAAAACCUUGUUGUUUCUUUUCCAUGUGUCGUCGUCUGCGCGUUAACGUCAUUUCUCCCUUAAAUCGCAUUACAAUACGAAAUGAACCGAACCAUCUGGAACAAUCCACCCACGACUGUUUUCACAGUUUCUGCAUCAUGACGGAGGAAGAUACAAUCGAUGCAAUCGGCGCGAGAACGGAUAAAGCCAGCUCCACUCCUAGCGACAAAAUACUCCAACAGAGUUCAGAGAAUAGCUGCAGACACGUUUUGUGUGUGUCAGUGUUCUCUGCAGGUGUCCAGCAGCUGAUGAAAGAAGAGGUUUCCCCUGAGUGGAGCCCCAGUCUGGACCAGAAGGACCCAGAGCCCCUACACAUAAAAGAGGAACAGGAGGAACUCUUGACCAGUCAGGAGGGCAGCCAGGUUAAUGGACCGGAAGAGGCUGAUAUCACCAUGUACCCAUUAACCGCUGUCACCGUGAAGAGUGAAGAUGAUGAAGAUGAUGAAGAGAAACCUCCAACUUCACAACUUCCCCCAAGGCAAAGCUUUCAUGUAGAUGUCCAGCAGCUGUUGGUGAUUAAAGAAGAGGUUUCCUCUGAGUGGAGCCCCAGUCUGGACCAGGAGGACUCAAAGCCCCUACACAUUAAAGAGGAACAGGAGGAACUCUGGACUAGUCAGGAGGGCAAACAGGUUAAUGGGUUGGAGGGGGCUGAUAUCACCAGGUACACAUUCACUGCUGUCAUUAUAAAAAGUGAAGAUGUGGAAGAGAAACCGCAGACUUCACAGCUUAAUCAAAGCAAGACUGAGAAAAACGGAGGGGCAGAGCCUUCAGCCAGCAGCUGGGCAACACAGAUAAAAAGAGAAAAUGAUGGAGAGGACCGUGGAGGAUCUGAACCGGACAGGAACCGAGACCAAGGUAGUCAUCCACAGUCAAAUACUGCAGACUGUCCUGAGACAGAAGUCAAUUCUGAUUGGAAACCUUUGUCAGAUACUGGAUCUAUAACUGAAGACAGUGAUGGUAACAUCUGGCUGCCAGAGCCAGGUGUAAAUGCUGUAAAAUAUAAGGAAGCCCUUGAAAGUAAUGUGGGAUGCACUGCUGCAAAAAAAAAGUUUAGCUGCUUUGAGUGUAGGAAAGGAUUUCUCUGCAAGUUGUCUCUUCAGAGACACAUGAAGUCAUCCACCUGUUUGGUUGAUAAGAAAUCCUAUCCAGAAACGCAAAGCGUAGAUUCACAGAUCAGAGUAGAAAUAGGAAAAAGAUCAGUUAGUUGUGAUGAUUGUGGGAAAAGAUUUGAAACACCUGGUAAUUUGAGGAAACACAUGAGAUUCCACACAAGAGAUAAACCAUUUGGUUGUGUAGUUUGUGGUAAAGGAUUUACACAAAAGGGAGAUCUCAAUGCACACAAGAUUCUCCACACAGGACAGAAACCAUUUGCUUGUGAUGUUUGUGGGAAAAGAUUCCCCCUAAACAAAUAUCUGAAGACCCAUAUGAUUGUCCAUACAAGAGAGAAACAGUUUGGCUGUGAUGUGUGUGGAACACAAUUUUCUCUUAUGCAGACCCUGAAAAGACACAUGCUUGUCCACAAUGAAGGAAGACCAUUUGGUUGUGAUGUUUGUGGGAAAAGAUUUCCCCGUAAGAAACAUGUGACCAUCCACAUGAGAGUUCACACAGGAGAGAGACCAUUUGGCUGUGCUGAUUGUGACAAAAGAUUUGCAGAAGAAGGAAAUCUGAAGAGACACAUGAGAGUCCACACAGGAGAAAAGACAUUUUGUUGUACUGUUUGUGGGAUAAAAUUUAAAAAAACAGCACAUCUUAGGAAACAUAUGAAAGUCCACACAGGAGAAAAACCAUUUGCCUGUGGUGAUUGUGGGAGAGGAUAUAACUUCAAGCAAGCCCUUGACAAACACAUGCAAGUCCACACAGGAGAGACACCAUUUUUUUGUAAUGUUUGUGGGAAAAUAUUUCAUGGACCAGCAUGGCUUAAGUCACACAUGAGAAUACACUCAGAAGAGAAACCAUAUGAUUGUCAUGUUUGUGGUAAAAGCUGUUCACAACCUGGAAAUCUUAAGAAGCACAUGCGAGUGCACACAGAAGCAAAAACAUAUACUUGUGAUGUUUGCAGUAAAACAUUUAGACAAUUGUAUACACUUAAGCGACACAUGACAGUCCACACAGGAGAGAAACCAUAUAGUUGUGAUCAAUGCAGUAAAAGAUUUAGGCUACAGGAAAGUCUCAAGAAACACAUGAGAGUCCACUCGGGAUAGAAACCAGUUACAUGAGAUGUUUGCGGUGAGAGAUCCAAAGACCAAAGAAGUCUGAAGACAAACUUGUGUAGAGGACUAAAUUGGUUUAAAGUGGGUUGGAGUGCACACAGACACACACACACAUCCAGACCCAGUGACCUCAAGGAGGAAGGAUGUCAGGGAACAGACCUAAGAAAUCUCACUUCAUCCCACCAAACACGGAGGAAUAAUGACUGUUUUAUAUAUGUGUCAGAAUUGCCUAUUAAAAUGUGUAAAAAUCUGUAACUGUGUUUGAGAAUGAAAUCAUUUACAUGCAAUAAAAAGACAACAAUGCUUCAAAUUC